AUGAAAUACGGUGUCCCUGAAGAAACCCUAGAAAUAUCAAUUUCUAAUUUCUUACGCUUUUAAUCCCUCUUCAAUCUUUUCUUUUUAAAAUGAACGGUGGUGGGGUUGGUUUUUCUUUUUAAUUUUCUUCCUGUUUACCCCCAAAUUUUGCUACAAAUUUGAAUUACAACUUUGGAUUAUGCAAGAACUUGAUUCUGAGAUCAUGCAGAGAUUGGUCCCUUCAACUUUAUAGUUAUUGUGAGUAAAGUAGGGUUUUUGAGGUUGGAUUACAGGGUUCAAGGGAUACCGGAAUCAUGUCGUAUGAAGAAGCUUCCACAAUGAACAACCACAACAUUCGAUUCGCUGAUGGAACGGCCGACUAUACACGUCUGGUUCUACCUACCUCGUCUCCUUCGCCUUCAACAACGCCUGCUUACAACAACCCUAACGGCACCGGCGGUGAUACUGGAGAAUAUACUAACUAUGCGUUUCCCGUGACUGCAGGGAUGAACGUUAGUGGUAGCGAUGUGGUGAAGCGGAAGAGAGGAAGACCAAGAAAGUACGCUCCUGAUGGCCCUGUGCCUCUAGCAGCGCCGAUGACGUCUACGACUCUGCAUGGUCCAUCGGCACCGGAAUCCGGUGACUUUUCUUCUCCGUUGCCGUCUUCAGGGAAGAAGCCAAGGGGUAGACCUCCCGGUUCUGCAAAUAAGCAGCAUCCUGCUGCUUCGGGUUCACCAAGAGCAGGAUUCAUGCCACAUAUUCUUGAUGUGAAAUCUGGAGAGGAUGUAUUGGCAAAACUUGUGUGGUUCUCCCAGAAUAGCGCGAGAACUCUGUGCAUUCUGUCGGCCAGUGGAGCUAUAUCUAACGUAACACUUCAACAGACAGCAACAUCUGGUGGAACCGUCACCUAUGAGGGACGGUUUGAGAUCCUUUCUCUUUCUGGUUCAUUUAUGGUAUGUGAGAGUGGUGGUGAGCGUAGUAGAACGGGUGGGUUAAGUGUGGCACUAUCUGGGCCAGAUGGUCGUGUAUUAGGCGGUAAUGUGGCUGGCCUUCUAACCGCUGCAUCACCAGUACAGGUGAUUGUUGGUAGUUUUAUUCCGGCAAGUCAGAAACAGUCGAAAGCAAAAGGCAGUAAUGAGGCAGAAAUCGUAAGUGGUGCAGCAAACCCUGUAUCUGGAGCAUUAGCAGGUGGAAGUGGAAGCUUGAGUGAGUCUUCAGGUGGGGGGUUUGGAAGCCAGAGCAAUAACAGCAAUGCACAAGGGAUGGCUGCUAUGCCUUGGAGAUAGAUGCAUACAUACAUACAUACAUCCCAUCCCCAUCGCCCGUUUAUCCGACAAUGUGUGGUUAGUGAUUAGAUACUUUAAACCCCAUGGAAGAUCCAUCAGGAAAAGCUCAACUCGUAGUUUAUCGAUUUGUUCCGUUUCUUUUUGUUCUAUAUCGGGCAUUUUUGUUUUUCGGAAUUGAAUUUCUUGAUGGUGGGAUCACAGGGGAUGGGUUUGACAUUAGAGUGGGGUGAUAUAUUAGGUAUGGGAACUACUUUUGUUUUGCUGCUGGAUGGAUGGGGUGAUCUUUUUGUUUUACGAUUAUACCCCUGAUUAAUUUGAUUUCGUGAUCAAACAAUGAAGGGUAAGGUUGUAAAAGACAGGAUGAAUAUGGAGG